AUGCUCAAGGAUGGCACCUACCACGAAGAUGUCGGCUACGGUAUGGCCGAGCACCCCAAGAAGGGAUCAGCAAUCGAGAACGCCAAGAAGGAGGCUGUAUCAGAUGCCCGCAAGCGAGCACUGCGAUUGUUUGGUAACGCUCUGGGCAACUGUCUGUACGACAAGGAGCAUCUCAUGAAGCUCAAGAGCGCCAAGAAGGUGCGGUCUCUCUCUCGCACCCUCUUUGGUCUGAACCAGACCGGAGAAGCCGGCUACCUACCGCCAACUGUAUCAAACCCGGCACAUGACGCGGAGAAGGCGACGGUGUCCUACGAGCAGCCCGUAUCGCUUCCUCCUCCCGCGCAGCCCACCUUCACCCAGCCACCUCCGUCGCUCAAGGCCGGCCCUGUGCCUGUGCCCGGCGGAUACAAUGCCAACACAGCCAAUAUCGCGGGUGGGCGACCGCAGCCGGGGUUCCCCCCGCAGGCUGCGAGAGUUCCCGCCGUCGCUGCGACGCCACUGGCCAACGGGCACUCGGCCGACGGUCGUGGCGAGAUUGCUCCAACCGAUUAUACCGAUGGUUAUGACGACGACAGCGCUUUCUUGAGCAUUGCCAUGAGUGAGUCACAACAGCACGGCGGAACGCAACAGUCAUCGCCGCCGGUUGCUACGUCUUCGCCUCAAUUUGGCCACGGAAUGAUGAACGGAGGAGCCAAGCGGAGUGCGCCCGACACCGGCUUCGGCUUCCAGCCACAGCAACAGCACCAACCAUACGGCAACGCGAGACCGUAUCAGCCCCCGCAGCAGCACAACUAUGGUGGCUCUCCUCCCGACAAGAGACCAAGGCACGACAGCUGA